AUGCAAUUUUAUUGCUGUUCGGGGAUAGAAAUUGAGCCGAAGAUUGUGGGCGGGAAUCCCGUAGAUAUCAGCAAAUUUCCAUAUCAAGUGUUAAUACAGGUGUUUACAAGUAGUACUGAAUUUGUAUAUUGUGGCGGAUCUAUCAUAAGUCCUAAUUGGGUUCUCACUGCAUCUCAUUGUAUUUAUAAAAAACCUCAAAACAAUAUACACGUAACAGCGGGUCGGACACAGUUUCGAUCCGGUGGUGUCACCCGUAGGGCUAUUCAAGUAAUACAACAUGAAAAGUAUGGCCCGUCCGGUAAUAUCUUAAACAACGAUAUAGCACUGCUUCGUUUGGAUCAACCGUUUAAAUACAGUGACACCAUUAGGCCAAUUAGAUUAGUCAAUGCACCUGUACGUGAUGGCACUCAAGCUUGGAGUACAGGUUGGGGUGCCUACUCAGCCCAGAGUAAUACACCGGCACUUACAUUGCAAGGAGUGUUAUCAAAAAUCAUUAGUUUACAAGAAUGUCAAAGAAUUUAUAGUUCACUACGACUGUCCAAAAACAAUGUUUGUGCCGAUAGUGGCAAUGCGGGAACUUGUGCUGGUGAUUCUGGUGGUCCACUAGCAGUUAAUGAUAAUCUAAUUGGUGUGUUAUCUGCCGGUCCCCGUCCCUGCGGUAACGGUAAUCCCGAUAUUUAUACGAGUGUUGCGGCAUAUCGUUCGUGGAUUCGACAAAUAUUGUUAGUUGCGCUUAAUAUACAAUUAAAUGAAUCGAUACCAUUGGACAGUCGUAUAAUUGGUGGUACCGAUGCUAAUAUCGAUCAGUUUCCCUAUCAAAUUGCAUUCCGUUAUAGUCAAGGUAAUAGUCAAUUUUGUGGUGGAUCAAUUAUUAGUAACAAUUGGAUACUAACAGCCGCUCAUUGUCUUUAUAACAAAAAUAUUAAUCAGAUUUAUAUUGUGGCGGGAACGGCCGGUAUAAGUGAUAAAGGAGUUAGCUAUAAAGCGGCACAAUUUAUUAUACAUAAAGAUUAUAGCAAAGCCGAGCACACCAAUGAUAUUGGUGUUGUAAAGGUAACAGUGCCUAUAAAAUAUACAGAUAGUAUCCGAGCAAUUAAAUUGGCUGAUAAUCCGGUAUCAGCCGGUACUCGUGCCUGGCUUACUGGUUGGGGUUAUAUAGCAUAUCCACAAAAAACCGAUCCAAAACUAUUGCAAAAAUUAGUGGUCACAACAAUUAGUUUAGACCAAUGUAAACGUACACUCAGAGGAACUCAUAUCGAUCAGACAAACGUUUGUACAAUUAGUCCUAAAGGAGAGGGAGCUUGUAGUGGCGACUCCGGAGGACCAUUGGUUAGUAGUGACGGACAAAUUGGUGUCGUAUCGUUUGGUAUUCCCUGUGGUCUCGGAUAUCCUGAUGUUUUUGCCAGUGUUCCCUCUUAUAGGGAUUGGAUUCGGGAAAAUACGGGAAUUUAAUAG